UUACGGGGCUGACUGUGCCUCCUUAGGACCAGCUCCAGCAGAAGAUCAUGUGCCCUGGGCCUGUCACCUGUCUGACCACGUCACCCAACGGCCUCUACGUCCUGGCAGGAAUUGCAGAAAGCAUCCACCUGUGGGAGGUCUCCACCGGGAACCUUCUGGUCAUCCUGAGUCGACACUACCAGGACGUCUCCUGCCUGCAGUUCACCGGGGACAGCAGCCACUUCAUCUCGGGGGGCAAGGACUGCCUGGUGCUGGCUUGGAGCCUCUGCAGCGUGCUGCAGGCUGACCCCGCCAGGAUCCCGGCGCCCCGGCACGUCUGGUCUCACCACACGCUCCCCAUCACGGACCUGCGCUGCGGCUUUGGGGGCCCCCUGGCCCGGGUGGCCACCUCCUCGCUGGACCAGACGGUGAAGCUGUGGGAGGUCUCCUCGGGGGAGCUGCUCCUCUCCGUACUCUUUGAUGUGGCCGUCAUGGCGGUGACCAUGGACCUGGCCGAGCACCACCUGUUCUGCGGGGGCAGCGACGGUUCCAUCUUCCAGGUGGACCUGUUCACCUGGCCGGGACAGAGGGAGAGAAGCUUCCAGCCAGAGCAGGACUCCGGGAAGGUCUUCAAAGGGCACAGGAACCAGGUGACCUGCCUGUCAGUGUCCACGGACGGCAGCGUGCUGCUCUCGGGCUCCCACGACGAGACCGUGCGGCUCUGGGACGUGCAGAGCAAGCAGUGCAUCCGGACGGUGGCCCUCAAAGGCCCCGUCACCAAUGCCACCAUCCUGCUGGCACCCGUCAGCAUGCUGAGCUCAGACUUCAGGCCCAGCCUGCCGCUGCCUCACUUCAACAAGCACCUGCUGGGCGCCGAGCACGGGGACGAGCCGCGCCACGGGGGCCUCACUUUGCGCCUGGGUCUCCACCAGCAGGUACAGCCCCCAGCAGGGAACCCCCACUGCCCUUUGGUUUCGGAAGUCCCCGCGGACCCUGGCUCCCUUGGUCCUGACGCCCGUGCGGCGUUUCCCCUGGCCCGGAACUGGAGGGCACAUCAUGCGGGCCGGAUGGUGACGCUCCGUGAGGCCUCUGCACACCCUCAGUGCGGACUCAGAGGCUCUGAGAAGUUAACCACCCCUCGACUCCGGACAGCAGGUCCGAGCUGCGCACCCCACUCACCGGCCUUUCCGCCACCGGAGAUCUGACGGUCAGCCAGGUCUUUCUGCAAAGGGCUGAUGGCCCAUAUUUUGGGCUGUGAGGGCCAGAAGUUUCACGUCUGGGUUGCUGAAGGUGCAGGAGCAGCCGUGGGGGCAGGGAGGGGGUGGGGCCCUGGUGGCUGCAGGUUUCUCCCACGGGGGCUCGGGGCAGCCUCUUGGCCUGGCCGAAGUCACACCCUCCCUCCCUGCAGCUCAGCACCAUCCCCUGCCCUGUGCAGGUACCCCUGUGGGUUCCCGUGCCUUCUGGGAAUAGCGUGGCUUCCAGAAUACUCCCACCCCAGCCCCAGAACCCUCACAGAAGCCAUUGUGGGGGACUGGGUCGGGCUGAGGGGUCCUUGGGCCUGGGGAGGCCUCCCAGCGUCUCUUCCCGCCACAAGCCCCGACCUUCGGAGCCACCUGCGCCCUUGCUGUUUCAUGUCCCUGUCUGUAUCCCUUGCGGGCUGUAGCGCGUGGCAUUUCUCCCCACGCGCUCUCCUCUCACCUGAGUACAGAUGCAUUUCUUACCUGGAGGGUGCCCGCCAGCCCAGCAGGCCCUGCACCAGGAGGCGCCGUGGUCUCCCUCCUCUCCUCUGUGCUGUUCAGCGGAGUGACGCUCUGUCUUCCUACAUACCGAUGGGCACCGGGGUGGGCAUCUGCAGGCCCCUCGGACUACGAGGAGGCCAGGAGCACAGGCUGGACUGACCACUCACAGGGUGGGUGCAAGGGGGGCACACCUCUGUGUUCAGGAAGUGCCAGAACUUUCGGAGUGAAAACAGGCCUCCAGUAGCAUGGAGCCAGCGCCAUGCUUGGGUGCAUGCCCAGCCAUGUGCCCUCCCCAAAACCCCUCCUCAGCUGGCUUCAGUGGGAUUCCGGAGGCAGCCAGGCGAGGCCCUCCAGUAAUGCCGCGACCUUUCCCUGGCUGCCCCACCCGGCUCCCUCCCAGCCGUGAUGGUCGCCAGCUCUCUGUGACCUUUGUUCCAAUCCAGCUGACACUGGGGUGUCGUCCUGUCCCACAAACAGGCGCUGAGGUGCCCAUGGCAGAGUGGAGGGUGGAGUACCUGAUCUCCGACGCCCCACAGCAAUGUCCCUUCAUGCAGCUGGUCCCUAUGCACAAGGCAGGGACUUUGCUGGGCCUGCAAGACCUUCCCACGGCUACAGGUUCUCACCGUCUACCGGGCCCUGUGUCCCAGGGCCUUCCCAGGUUCACUGGUCUUUCCAGGCCUGGCCAUCUGCACCUCCGUCCGCAACCCCAGGGACUCCUUGGGUGCAGUCGUGAGUGGAUCUGGGGUGCUGGGUGCUGGCUGCUGGCUGCAUGGCCAGAGUCAGGGUUGUGAUCUUCAGGCUCGACAGAGGUGAACGCUACGGCCUCAGUCUCCCUUUCUGUCUGUAGGCGUCCCGGUGGCCCCUCCCUGGCAGAGUGGCUGCCCAUGCUAUUGGCGGUGGCAUGGGCGGAUCGUGCGGUGUGUGGGUCAGGGCACGCUCCAAGGUCACGCGGCCCCCUGUGUUGCAGGGCCUGGAGCCCAGCUACCUGGAUCGCACGGAGCAGCUGCAGGCAGUGCUGUGCAGCGCCAUG